AUGUAUGUGGACUGUACAGAAAGCCUGACACUCAAGGUCACUGAGAGGAAGAAGAAAGAGGCGGGCGAAGUCUUUCACAAAGACUAUUAUAAUGAUAGUAACGCUCUGUCUCAGCGCUCUGUCUCAGCGCUCUGUCUCAGCGCUCUGUCACAGAGCUCUGUCUCAGCGCUCUGUCUCAGUGUUCUGUCUCAGCGCUCUGUCACAGAGCUCUGUCUCAGCGCUCUGUCUCAGCGCUCUGUCACAGAGCUCUGUCUCAGCGCUCUGUCUCAGCGCUCUGUCUCAGUGUUCUGUCUUAGUGCUCUGUCUCAGCGCUCUGUCUCAGCGCUCUGCCUCAGCGCUCUGUCUCAGCGCUCUGUCUCAGUGUUCUGUCUUAGUGCUCUGUCUCAGCGCUCUGUCUCAGAGCUCUGUCUCAGCGCUCUGUCUCAGCGCUCUGUCUCAGCGCUCUGUCUCAGCGCUCUGUCUCAGCGCUCUGUCUCAGCGCUCUGUCUCAGCGCUCUGUCUCAGCGCUCUGUCUCAGCGUUCUGUCUCAGCGCUCUGUCUCAGCGCUCUGUCUCAGCGCUCUGUCUCAGCGCUCUGUCUCAGCGCUCUGUCUCAGCGCUCUGUCUCAGCGCUCUGUCUCAGCGCUCUGUCUCAGCGCUCUGUCUCAGCGUUCUGUCUCAGCGCUCUGUCUCAGCGCUCUGUCUCAGCGUUCUGUCUCAGCGCUCUGUCACAGAGCUCUGUCUCAGCGCUCUGUCUCAGCGCUCUGUCUCAGCGCUCUGUCUCAGCGCUCUGUCUCAGUGUUCUGUCUCAGUGCUCUGUCUCUGUGUUCUGUCUCAGUGUUCUGUCUCAGCGCUCUGUCUCAGUGCUCUGCCUCAGUGCUCUGCCUCAGUGCUCUGUCUCAGUGUUCUGUCUCAGUGUUCUGUCUCAGUGUUCUGUCUCAGUGUUCUAUCUCAGUGUUCUGUCUCAGUGUUCUGUCUCAGUGUUCUGUCUCAGUGUUCUGUCUCAGUGUUCUGUCUCAGUGUUCUGUCUCAGUGUUCUGUCUCAGCGCUCUGUCUCUAA